AUGGAUGCCGGAUGCCGCGUCCGCCUCCACGGCCUCGUUGCGCGUGCCGAGCUCAACAGCACGGUCUGCACUCUUACCGGCCCGCAGCUGACGAACGGCCGGUAUCCUGUCAAGCUCGAUGACGGGCAGGAGCUCGCGGUCAAGCUCGACAACCUCACGCUGUCAGUGUGCGGUGAGCACGCUCCGUGCUCGGCACUGGCUCGGACGUGCUGGGGCUGUGGCGCGGUCGAGGGCGAAGUCGUAUUCCAGCAGUGCCAGCUCUGCGUCGAUCGGAAGCUCGCGCCGUCCUUCUUCUGUGGCCGCGAGUGCCAGAAGGCAUCCUGGCCACGCCACAAGCUGUGGCACGAGGAGGCGAAAGAGAAUGCGAGCCGUGGCGCCACGGACGCGGCACGCUCCAAGGAUGAAUUUGUCGCGACUUUCGACGAGCGUGUUCAGACGACAGCGCAAUCGCUCCAGGACGUCUUCGCGACGCACGGCUACAACGCGCAUGCGCAAGCCGAGACAUCGCGGUACAUGGAGAUGCAGACCGUGGGGCUCGGCCUGAUGCAUCUCGGCAACCUUGCCAAGGCCGCCAAGACCUUUCGAAAGUCGAUCAAGCUCUGCGACAAGCUUCCGUUUGGCUUCUACAAUCUCGCUCUCGUACUCCUCCGCUCCAACGACGCAUUCGGCGGCGCACAACACGCGCUCAAGGCCGUGGAGUGCCUCGGCCCUCUGCAUAGCACGAGCAGUGGAGUGCACGAUCAGACGUGGGCCGAAUGCUACUCGCUGGCCUUCAAGGCGUUCUACUCAGCGCUCCACAAGAGCCCUGCGACUGCGAUGUCAAUCGAGCCACCGUGGUGGAACGACGGCGACUUGCGGCGCAUCUCGAAGAUUAUCGUCGAGAAGCUGGCUUCCGACGCGGACGCGUGGGAGAUGCGCGCGUGGGUCCUGUGCGGCAUGAUCGCGCAUACUUACCCCACAUCAUCGAUCCCAGAACCAUCGAGUCACUGCCUGGAUUGCCGUGAGGCGGCGCGCUGCUUCUUUAAGCAGGCGGAGCUCGCUCCGAUGAAGAAGACGCGAUGCCUCGAGGCUGCGGCCAACUGCAUGCGUGAGGCGCAAAAGGUCGAGGAACUCGCGCGUCAACACGGCGUGCCCUUCGCCGCCCUCGCCGCCACCCUCUCCGUCCUCGCCACCGCCCUCCGGCGCCGCCCUCGCCGCGCCGCCCUCGCCGCGGCGGCGGCCGCCGACGCGUCAUUGCCGCUGAAUCAGUCCUCGCGCAGCGGCGGUGACGCGACGGGCACGUGCGCUCGUGCCGACGCUCGCGGCGGGGCGGGCGAGCCGGAGGGCGAGCCGGAGGGCGAGCCGGAGGGCGAGCCGGAGGGCGAGCCGGAGGGCGAGGACGAGGGCGAGGACGAGGGCGAGUACAGUUACGAGGGUGAAGAUGAAGAUGAGGAUGACGAGGAUGACGAGCCUGACCCCGAUUUCGAGGGGACUGAAGGUCCGCCGUCGUCGCCGGGCGUCUCGUACACCGUGCGCAAGAAGUUGAGCAGCCUGACACUCGACGAGCAGCUGCGCUUUGUCCGCUCCGUCGAGAAGAUGAUGGAGCCCGGCAAGGGCGUGCGCGGCAUGCGCGGCCAGAGCGCAGGCAAGUGCCCGAGGGUAUGGGGGCCACCCUAG